CGUCGUGACGUCAGAGGUACUCGUGCUCACAGCUCAUAACUUGAGUGGCACGCUUAGGGGCAGUACCUGACCAGGGCUUGGGCAUUCCGACUUCCUUGACGGCUUGAUCUUGGCCAUGUGACUGGAUCCUACUGAGACCCAGCGGUCCAGGGAAGUGAAAGCAUCUUGGGGCCAGAGAAAGAAUCUAGAGGGUCAUCCACUUUACAAACCAGCAGACAGACAGAUGACCGCUCAAGAGGGCUGAAAUCCCCGAACCCAACCGAGUCAUUCUUCCGGGACCACUGCUUGCUCACUCGGAUUCUUCUGGCUCUACAGCUCAGGUUUUCUUUCGUUUUUGUCAGAUAGUCUUGGCUGACUGCUGGCUACGAGUCUAGAGUCGGGUGAAGGAGCUCCGCCUUCGGGGGCAGGGGUGUGUGUCCCCCACCCCCACCCCGACUGGGAGCUGAGCGCAGCACGGGCUCCCCGGUACUGACCAGAAGGUCGGUUCGGGACAGCGCGCGGGGACGGAAGGCUCCACCACCUCGCGCCCCAUCCCCUCCCGAGCUUGGCACAGGGAUCAGCGCCUCCGCCAAAUAUCAGUCAGGGUGAAGAAGCGAAAGCUAUUGAGAAUCAGCUGGAUGUCGGCUAGGUGAACUCGUCCCAAGCUCCGCAGAGGCCUGAGAUGAGGUGGGGCUUUGGACCCUUGCCCCUUGCGCUCUUCCUUUUCUUGUUGGCGCUGCUGACCCAGCCAGGCGAUGGCAACCAAGGCAGUGUCUCUGGAAGUUGUUUCUGUGAUCGUAGAAUUCCUUCUGGCAAGCCGAUACCGCCUGGUAGUUUGGAUCAUAUCCGAAAAUACCUGAAAGCAUUCCAUCGCUGUCCAUUCUUUAUCAGGUUCCAGUUGCAGUCCCAGAGCGUGUGUGGGGGAAGCGGAGACCAGUGGGUCCGUGAACUAGUGAACUGCUUUGAGCAUAAAGAGUGUGGAACUGAUCAUGAGAAGAGUUCCCACCACCAAAAACAUUUGCCUCAAGCUAGUACCCAGAUUCCUGAGGCCACAGAGGGGACGCUUGCAGACACGAGCACCCCUGCACAGAUUCAGAGCACCCAGCAGUCCACUCUUCCAUCGGGAGCGCUGUCCUUGAACAAACAGCUCACCCACCGCUGGGAAACAACCAUUCUUCCUUUAGGCUAUGGUCUGGAAGCUGGGCCUGAGGCUAAAGAGAAACAGCAAGAUGACAAACAGCAAAAAGAACCAGGAGCAGGCACACCAGCCUUGGUACCCGUGCUGUCCCUCCUGGCCAUUGUCUUCUUUCUCAUGGCAGCCAUGGUCUAUAUGGUGUGCAACAAGAGAGUGACACCGCAGAGCUCUGCAGGUUUGCAGCUCUGUUAUACACCUGCUGAACCAAGACCCCAGCGCCUGGAGCAAGAGUGGAAGCUUGUGGGAGAGGUGGCAGACAGGGCGGCAGGCUAGCUCCAUCAGUGAAUCCAACCUGAGCUCAUUCUUUCUUAUGCUGUUUUGAGACAAAGUGCCAAUAUACAUAUAACUUGGACAGCUUUGAACUACUGAUCUUUUGCCUCUACCUCCUAGAUUCUGGAAUUAGAGAUACAUGCUACCACAUCUGUCCUCAUUUACUUUCAUAAAUAAGGUAUGAGUUUUCAGGUUUUUGGUUAGCCAGGAUCUUAUUUAGUCCAAGACAGCCUCAAAUUCCCUAUGUACAUGACUACAUAAGCCUAGGUCUCCUGCCUCCACUUUCCACAGUGCUGGGAUUACACUGACUAAACAC